GCAUGGUCGUGGCUUUGGUUUUCUGAAGGCAUUAACUUACACGCUGGUCCGCUAUUCGUCUCAUGUCUAGCUGCCGCGACCGUUCCCAGCCCCGGAACCAGAACGCCAACAAAGCGAAUAGGAGAUUCACGCGAUUUAUAAAGCCAUUGUAUUAGUUUUCUUCUGAGUAUUUUUCGCCUUAAAUGUUUCCAUGAAGUAAAUACUAAGUCUGAACGCUGGCUAACAUGCUAACAAUUUAAUAACACUGGCGAGUUUUUAAAUCCGCACGUGUUACGCUUUGUUAGCAUAUCUGUUGCAAGCUGAACUCGAUAGGCAACAAACGGACGGCGAUCGCAGACGCAAUAGUGUCUUACGUUAGGAAGUUUUCUGCACUACCCGUCAACGUAGCGCGAUUCCAUGUGAUUUGCUUAACCAGGCGUCUGUGACUCACUCGGGUCCUAUGGUCACUAAUUCGCAAUAUUUAAGAAUAGUGCAAUGAUAUAAUUUGGAUACAGCUGACGGUGAGCUACAAUACUGAGUUGCCACGUAGGAUGGACCUAUAUUAAGCAGGAUAAAACAGGCGGAGCAUGACCCAGUAGAGCCGUAGACCCGCGUAAAUGUCGGAGCCGGCGCAGAAGAACGACGGCGGGACGGCGGAGAAGACGAGCGCGGCCGGCAGGAUGAAGGACGAGAGCUUGUUCCGGCGACGGUUCUCGCUCUGCCCGACGGCGACCACCCCGCAGAAGAUCGACCCGCGCACGCUGACCCGCAAUCUGUCCUACGGAGGGGACCACGACAUCUACCCGCUGAGCCCCGGCAGUGAAAUGGAGCGAGAUGGAGUGGCCAUACCAAGGGAUGAAGUGAGCCCUGCUCAGUCUCCAACCAGUAAGAUGGAGCUGAGGGUGUUUAACGGCCACGAGAAGGACUGUCCCUCCCCCACAGAGAAGCUCGCCCGGAAAGAGUCGCUCAAACUCCAAAAGAAGAAUUACAGACAGGAGAAAAAGAGGGCAGCCAAAGAGCUCUCUAGUGCUCUUAAGGACCCCAGUGUAAUCCUCAUGUCCAACUGGCUGAAGAUCCGUGGCUCUUUGAAGGGCUGGACCAGGAUGUGGUGUGUGCUAAGGCCUGGGGUUCUUCUGAUCUACAAGACCCCGAAGGUGGAGCCCUGGGUGGGCACUGUCCUGCUCAACGCCUGCAGGCUCAUCGAGAGGCCCUCCAAGAAGGACGGCUUCUGCUUCAAGCUCUACCACCCGCUGGACAAGUCCAUCUGGGCUGUGAAGGGCCCUAAAGGGGAGAAUAUGGGCUCCUUCACACAGCCACUGCCCAGUAGCUACCUGAUCUUCAGAGCUGCGUCUGAGUCUGACGGCCGGUGCUGGAUGGAUGCCCUGGAGCUGGCCCUCAGCAGUUCCAGCCUCUGCAGACUGAGCAGCAGGUCUGGCUGCGAUGCUGACCUCAGCUGCGCAUCAGAGUCUGCCCACAUUCUCUCCCUGCUGCAGGCCUCCCCCCUCUCCGACAGCCAGCUCUUCCAGCUGAAUGAGUCCAUGUUGGAAAACAGACCCAUGGAGACUGAUGGCUACUCCGACAAGUCAGAAAGGGAUGCUCAGGAGGAGUCUGACAACGGGACCAAUGAGAAUGGGGGGAGGCUAACUGAGGAAAGUGAUGUGGACCAAUCGGAAGAGCUUUCUCCUGGCCCCCAGGCCACUGCCUAUGUUGAGCAAGCCCAGGAGGAGAUGGGAGAGGCAGGUGAGGCGGCUCAGGUGGAGACCGUUUCAGAGGAGAAUAAGGGUCUGAUCUGGACCCUGCUGAAGCAGCUCCGCCCCGGAAUGGACCUGUCCAAGGUGGUGCUGCCCACCUUCAUUCUGGAACCACGCUCCUUCCUGGACAAGCUCUCAGACUACUACUACCAUGCCGACCUCCUCUCACAAGCGGUAGCAGAAGAGAGCCCCUACUGUCGGAUAAAGCAGGUCCUCAGGUGGUACCUGUCUGGCUUUUACAAGAAACCCAAGGGUCUGAAGAAGCCAUAUAAUCCAAUCCUGGGGGAGGUAUUUCGAUGCUGCUGGCUACACACCCAGUCUGACAGCUGUACCUUUUACAUAGCUGAGCAGGUGUCCCACCACCCUCCGAUCUCUGCUUUUUAUGUGUGCAACAGGAAGGAUGGCUUCUGCAUUAACGGCAGCAUCCUGGCCAAAUCCAAGUUCUAUGGUAACUCUCUGUCGGCGAUACUGGACGGAAAGGCCAGGCUGAUGUUCCUCACACGCGAUGAGGAGUACGUCAUUACCAUGCCUUACGCUCACUGCAAAGGUAUUAUAUAUGGCACGAUGACCUUGGAACUGGGAGGGAAGAUCACCAUUGAAUGUGAGAAGACGAGAUACUUUGCAGAACUGGAAUUUAAACUGAAGCCAUUCCUGGGCAGUUCCUGCAAUGUGAACCAAAUCACAGGGAAGAUCCGCUCGGAGGAGGACGUGCUGGCCACUGUAGAUGGACACUGGGAUGCAGAGGUCUUACUCCACGAGAAGAAGACCGGCCACCAGGAGGUGCUGUGGAGCCCCAGCCCGGAGGUGCGUCAGCAGCGCCUGAAGAGGCAGGUUGUGCAAGCCGACCAGCAGUGGGAGUUUGAGUCAGAGAGGCUGUGGCAGCACGUGACCAGUGCCAUCUUGAGCCGGGACCAGGAGCGUGCCACGCAGGAGAAGUUCGUCCUGGAGGAGGCGCAGAGGAAGGAGACUCGCGAGCGAGGGGACAGGGCAUGGUCGCCCCGUCUCUUCACCCUGGACCCCGUCACCAACGACUGGAGCUACAAAUACGCAGACACCAGGCCCUGGGAUCCUGACACCAGCCUGGUCCAGUUUGAGAAGGACGGGGUGAUCCAAACCAGGGAGCACAAUCGGCGCCGGCACAGACGCCACUGCUACAGCCAGAACUGGGCUGCGAAGCAGGAGGCACAGGUCAGACACAGGAAGUCCAGCAGUCAGCCGUCCAGCUGCAGCCAGAACACAGAGAGCAGCAGCACCACACCGGAACCCACACAGGAGUCCUCCGACAACGAAGGAUUCCUUACCCAGUGUGGCAGGUGCAACAGGGGGGUGAAGGACAUUGCUGAACUUGUGGCUUCCGUAGCAUCCAUACAGAAGACACAACAGGAUAUCCGCAGAAACCUGUGUGCCCUGAGCCAGCAAAUGUUCCAGCGUAGAAACGCGGAGGAGAGCAGCACCCUGAACGGCCGUCACUGCCUAGUCCUGCUUUUCCUGCUGCUACUGCAGUUGCUCAUCAACUACAUGUUCACAUGAGGAGCGCCACACAACUACCCGCAGUACUCCGCUCGUCCACUAGGGAGGCACCAAGCACUUUGCACGAGGACAUGCGAUGAGGACAACGACUUUUUACAAAAACAAAAAAGAAAAUAACAAAUCAAUAUAAUGUAUUUUUUAUUUGACAAUUUUAAAAUUCCUUCACUUCUAUGAUGGAUGUACAUUUUUAAAGUCUGAGCAAUACUGUUUCUGUUCCGGUUGGACCCAGCCCCAGAGGGCAAUCUCUUCUCCCUUCCACUCAGAACUUUGGGCCUUAAUGCUAAAGCCAAAAAGAUUCAGAAAGCAACAUAUACUGAACUUAACUACACUUAAGUUGUGUAAUUCUGUGUUUUUAUAAAAAAAAGACAUGUUUGUAUAAAGGUAGGUCUCGCCUUUUUAAUAAUGAUUGCUUACCAACGUAGUAUUUAUAAUCUUUAAAGAAAAGAGUACAUGUUUACACGUUUUUAAUGUACAGCAGAAGUGUAUCUGGAGAAGCAGGUUUUUCUGGUGGAAGCACUACUUCAUGUCCUUUUAGGAUAAUGGAAAUAGAAAGGUUAGAGGCUGUAUUAGAGAUGAGUUGCUGGGUUGUGAUUGUGUCACGCUUGCUCAGCAUCAAGAUGAAAAAGGCUAAUGAAUGACUGAAUGAAUGAAUGAAGAUGAGAGGAGAAGUAAAGUUCUAGCAUGUUUUCUAGUCUGAGUGAGGGCAGAUGAACCCCUGAAUUCAUGUUAAAAUCAGGCGAUUUUCAUGUGAGGACUGCCUAAGCUGCACUAAGAUCAUCUUUAGUCAUGCCAGGAAAUAAGAUUUCAUUCUGGUCCUCCUGUGUGGUUUACAGUUGCAGAAUUGCUCCAAAUUGAUUACAUUGAACAAAAGGCACCAUACAGAAGAACAUUAUGCUAUGGAAAAAUUGUUGCCCACAUAGAUUAAUUUCAUUCAUACAAAAGUGUUCAGUAUAAUUGACAUGAGUUCAGAGUUUUAAUGUUUUUUAAAUGUAUUUAUUUGAUUAUACGUUUGGUUUAAGAUCCACUUGUUGUAUACUGUAUAAUAUUCAUCCAUGUUUAAAAAAUGAAGGCUCCCUGUCUUCAGCAUCAGGGUUCUUGUGUUACACCUGACCAGGAUAACCCAGGUGGGUUAUGAUUUUUUUUUUUUUCCCACAUUUUUAGGGACACAUUUUUCUACGUUUUGUAGAGGUUGUAAAUGGCCGCGCAACUCUUUCAAAGAGGGCACAGAAACCGUCAGUGAAUCGCAAUGGAUUUUGAGGCUAGUGGCCACUGCAAACAAAUGGCAUUUCAUCUGCGGGCAGCAAGGUCUUCAUGCUCAGUCACUCUGGAUCAUGCAUAUAAAAUUUGUGUAUGAUGUUUUUCUGCAUUAAAUCUAGGAAGGGACUGUGUACAAUAAAUGGCUGCUGUGGAUAAAAUAUGAUGCCCACAAUUGUCCUGCAAGGAAUCUCUGGGCACAAAUGUUUGGAGAACUCUGCAAACCUGGUGUUAGCUGUUGGGGAGCGUAUUGGAAGUACCGUCAAGUAGUCACUAUCAGAACAAGGGGAAGGUAACAAUCACAGUGAAAUGUAUAUCAUUUUCUCAACAAGGUUAACCUUCUUCUAGAUAUCGCAAAAGCACCAGGUUCAUCAUCACCUGCUCAUCAGCACUUCUUUUAAAACCUUCUGCAACAUGAACGGACUGGUGGACAGACAAAAAUAGGAUUCAGUUUUAAACACAAAAUAAUGAAAUAUGUAGGCUACGUGUAGCCCAGGGUAGCCCACAGCACAAGGUUAUUGUAUGUAUGGGCUAUAACACUUGACCCUAAGUGUGCAUCACUCCUGAUGGUGAAAUGGGUGAUGUUGAUGAGUGUUUUAUUUUUCAUGUAUUGUAAUUUGUACAUGUAUCCUUUGAUGGUCUGUUCAUUCCCCAUGUUUCACUUUCUGUUGACUAGAAAAGAAAAACAGUAUUGUGGGUCAGCUGGUCCAUUGUCCUUACAACACGGGGCCUUGAAAAUGGAUUGUAGUUCAAAUAUGAUUGUCACAAUAAAAAAGUAAUGCUAAAGCACA